GAUCAAAAUAUAUGUAUCGCAUCAAUCAAAUUUUAUUUGUUUGCGUUUUUAAACAAAAUGAAUAAAUCAUUAUUUGUUUAAGUAAUGACAUAUAGUUUUUUAUUGCUAAUCAUUUUCUUGCCAGAUUGUUGGCAAUGCUUUUAUUCUCUAUAUAUCUGAUCAUAUAUGAUCACAAGAUAAAUAUAUUUGUACAAAAAAUAUACAGCUUUCUCUAUUAAUGUAUUCUGCUAUUUCCUUCAAAAUAUUGAGCUGGAUUGAGGUGGAUUAUAAACAAACAAUCAACAACAAAUGAGCAUGACUAGCGACCAGUCUUGACGAGGUACUUUCACUGCGUCUAUGAUGACAAGCUAUUUCCAUGUUUUAUAUUGUUUCGCAAGACGAUUUCCGGCGGAAUAACGGAAAGGAAGAGGAGUUUCUCCCUCCAUAUGUGCCAAACGAUCCAUGGAAUGAUUCUCACUCGUUAGAAGUACUCCGUCCUCGCCGUGAGGAGAUGUCAGUUCCGUCGACCAUCUGCUGCAGUGAUCAAUUUGCGACAGUGACCCGCGCUUUUCUGGUGACAAAUAGUGAUUUGCACAUUUAAACGUCAUCACGAAAGUUCAAUUAACUUUUUUUUCUGGAAACACGAUGUCAUGAAGAUAUUGUGGACAACUUGCCAGUGCGCUUACGUGACUUCACAUGAAUUGGAACAUCUUCCGCUUCUCGAAACGCAGGUCUUUCGAUGUGAAAGCGACGUGAUAUCACGCACCGCUCUUACUUGGGAUGCCUACGAAAAUGGACUCGAACAUUAUAUAACGUACAACAAAUAAUACUUUGUAUUCCCAUCGCGUUAUAAGGAAUGUGCCAAAGUAAAUGAUUGAAAAAGUCGUAGAGCUCUAAUAAAAUUUAACUUUUUUAUUUUCUCUAUAGUAUCUAUUAUAUUCACGGAACGAGGCCAAAUGUUUAGUUUCUAAAGCCUUUGGUUUGUUAAAACUGUUGCAAAUCAGGUUGAUGUUGCAAGUAACUUUUUAUCGUGAUUUACGAAAAUCAUACAAUUUAGAAGUACAGUUCUUAUUAAUUUACAAACACACAAACAACAUUAUCUGGAAAACUUGAAAGGAGGGAAACUCUUCUUUGAGAAUAAAAGCAGCAUGAGUAUUCCAACACAAUAUUGCUUCUAAUAUGCUACAAGACAUUAUUACAGUCUACAUGAAAGGGAGAGGGAAAAUGUGGAAGGGGUCCCUUUCUCCACAAGAUGUAUAACUGGAAACCAGUUUCUUGCUGCUACAGUAGGUCCAUGUGCACUGCACUUAGUACGAGCGCGACUUACCGAGAGUACGUCACGCGGCAAUCUCUUCUCUCUGGUAAUCUGGCUCUCUGACAGGAUCACGCUCUGAAUUCCAUCCUUACUUUGUGCGUGUCAGCGCAUCCUCAUUGCAACUACGGCACUUAUAAUCGAAUCACUGUCAACUAUUCAUACCGGAGUGUUCUGAUGUCGAGAUAAAGGAGUCAAGAUGACAAAGAAUUUACCAAGUGAUGCUGCUGUGGAAGAUGUGGUGGAGAAACGGUUACGUAUUCUUCUUAAAGAAGGUGCCGAAACACCAAUGAGUUUCGAAUGGAUCAAACCGGAACUUCCACCAUUCUACGAUGAAAAGAAGUUUCGGCUCGGUCAGCAAACCUUUUAUAAUAAUGUAUUCUCGAUGAUGAUUGCGAAACUUUGCGGUCUGGUAUCUCUCCUGUCCAUUCCGACCAUAUUAGAUGUAAUUAUGUUCACCAAACAAAGUGGCACUCCUUGUUUGGCAUAUCGUAGAUACGCAUCGACGAUUCUUCAUACAUUUGUAUGGCACGAAAAGAAUCCCAAUGAAAAACCCAACAAAUUCUUGGAAUCAUUGAAAAUUGUGCGGAGAAAGCAUUGCGUCGCAUUCAAAAGAAGCACCGAGGCUAAUGUUCACAGACCAACACAAUUAGAUAUGGCACUCGCUCAAUUCGGAUUUGUGGGAUUCACAAUGGUAAAUGGCGAUUACCUGGGAGUGAGUACCACUGACGAGGAAAUGGAAGGUGUAGUGCAUCUCUGGAGGGUAAUUGGAAGCAUGCUUGGGAUGGACGACAAAUUUAAUCUUUGCACGGGAACAGUUGAAGAGUGUCGCCUUCUUUGCCGAAGAGUAUUAGAAGAGGUGUUUCUGCCAUCCAUGGCAAAAAAGAAUAAACAUCUUGAUGAGAUGGGCCGUGUGAUGCUGGAGUCUCUCUGGCCUAUCAAUUUUAACAUCGAACCAAUAGCGUUCACUACAUUUACAUAUCACUUGGCCUCUUUAUCUGCAAUUAACAACAAUCAUUUUAUUAAAAUAGAUACUUCGAAUAUGCCGUUUUACAGCUGGUACUUGUUCACACUUCAAGACUUCGUACUUAAAUACUUAAUGCGACCUAAUGCUUGGUGGUCUCCAGUUUUCCGUGCAUUCUUUAAUGGCCUAAUGCGAUUUUCGAUUAUCAUAUUACAAAACUAUUCUUUACCUGCUUAUUGGCGCUUUGGAAAGGAAUAUGCAUAUAUUAAUAUCUUCCACAAACAUUUUGAUUGAAUAUUCAGUCAAAACUACAGAAGAAAUAUCAAUUUAAAAAAAAUUACAAAAGAUUACCAGAGACAGUGGAGAUAGAAACCAUGUAUGAUAUGGUCAUGCGUGCAUAAAUAUUUUAUGUGCAUGUAUAGGGUAAUGAUAAAGCGAGUUUUACUGAAAAAUUAUAGCUAUCCAUUUUUAAAUGUUCUAUAUUUUAUAAAUAUUUAUAAAUUAUGUUUGUUAAAGAUAUUAACACAGGGAAAUAAAUUAGUAUUACAAGAACCAUAAUCAAACAUAAAAGAGAAAUGUAAAUAUUCAUGUUGCAUAUUCUUGCAAAAAUAAAUAGUAUAUUAAAAAUAUAUCUUACAACUUUAUGAACAAUGUUUUUGUUAUACGUAAUUAGACUUGUAUAACGAUACAAUUGUUAUAGUUUUAUACAUAUAAUUGAUGUGCCUUAGGUACAGCAGUUUAGUAAACCAGAUCAAAUUAGAAUAUUUAACAUGAAUAUGUAGUACCUGAAGAUGAAAACAAUAUUUGACUACGGUAUAUUUAGUUGUAUUAAUCAUAAAAUUAAAAUAUUUUUCAAACAACGUAAAUAUUCAGAGGAAAUUAUUUACUACAUAUUUUUAUGUUGUUUGAAUGAUACAAUUUGUUAAUAUAUAUUACAUUGAUCUUAAAUAUCAAAAUAGCAGGAUAUCGAUAACAGCAAGCGAAGACAAAGAUGGAUCAUCAACGUUAAACGUGCUUUACGUUGUAUGUUUUAUAUUUUAUAGGACCAUAUAACCAUAAAUUUCUUUCUAAAAUAUCCAGAACAUUAUCCCGUUAUAGCGAUGCCUGCCGGUAAGUAUUCGUUUCCACCAUCCACAAAACGGAAGGUCAAACUUUGAUGAUCUUAAAGUUGGUCUUGACUCUGUCAAUCACACGGUUGAUGUUAAUCUAACUCUAAAUAUUAGAGUUAAGUAUUUAUUAAAAAAAUAUUAGGUUGCAUUAUUAAGCACUGUUUUAAGACGGUAUAUUUCGCGUGCUGCAUUAUAUGCAAGCUAGAUUGAAAAUUUUACCUGCUGCAUAAUGCGUUUAAUAAUAAUUUAUUGUAAAUUUAGGACAUUAUCAACAAGACAAACCUUUUGUAUUCAUGUAUAUAUCUAUCUAUAAGUAACAAAUUUAUAAUGUAUUAUUUUUUCGUUGAAUAAAAUUUCUUUUUU